AACUCGGAUGCACACACACAGAGAGAGAGAGAGAGAGUUACUGAGUGCAGUGAUAACUUGUCUGUAUUUCUGUGGCUGGCUUUUUUUUUCCCCCCCCCGAGUGCAGAGAUUGCAAUGCACUUCCACCGCCCCCCAGGCGCUGAGAGUUUCCUCCGGGCCCCCAGCCCCAUCCAGCAGCCCACCCGCUUCUACAUCGAGGACAUUCUGAGCCGUGAUGCCGCCGGGGGCUCACAGAGCCGGGCCGUCUCCUGCAGCCCGUUCCCGGCUGUGGUACCGCCACCGCCGCUGCCGCUCGCCAGCUUCAGGGCAGCAGUGUACCAGCGAGCUGGCCAAGUUGCUCUAUCCCCACCUUUGUACCGGGCGCCAGUGCUCCCACAACAUCUGGCUCCCAUCUACCAGCCGACUGCUGCCGAGUUCCAGCACCCCAUCUACAGACCUCUCCCCCUGGAUAAGGAUUAUUUUUGGAAUGUGUUUACCCAGCGUUCGUCCCACAAAAGAAAAGGGGGUCAGGUGCGAUUUUCCAAUGAUCAGACCGUGGAGUUGGAGAAAAAGUUUGAGAUCCAGAAAUACCUUUCACCGCCAGAGCGGAAGUGCCUGGCCAGAUCCCUGCAGCUCAGCGAGAGGCAGGUGAAAACAUGGUUCCAGAACAGGAGAGCAAAAUGGCGAAGACUAAAACAGGUACAAAGCGUUGGCUUUCCCCCACUUUGAUUGGGCAGAUGUGUCAUUGGGUCCUGCAUUGAUAAAUGGACUAUUCCUGUUGUCUCAUUAACCCAAACAUUCAGCUUCUGAAUUUACCAGGCAAAAUGACCCAGAGACAGGGAACAAACCAGUGUUACUGAAACAGAGAGCUAAAUAAAUGGAGAACAACUCUGGAACUCCAAGGUU